AUGCUCCGUCCCUUUGUCGACUCCCGGCAAGGUAACUGGGUAACCUGUCUCCCUGCCUUGGAGUUUGCAUACAAUUCCUCUGUACAAGCUUCCACGGGCAAGACACCAUUUGAGCUUGACCUUGGGUAUCAACCACGCUCUCCUCAGAACGCCCUGGUCGGAGACGUG